AUCAUUUUCGUUAGUAGUGACCAACCUGUUGUCCCGAUCGAAUAAUUUUUUUAAAUAAAAAAUGUUCAACAAAAUGUUUUUGAUUCGAUUUGUUUUGGUGUCUUGUUAUGGUUUAGUGAUUUCAAAAAAUGUAGAGGCUGAAUGUAAAAAAAGUGUUCCCGAUACGUUACGUUGUGAGAACGUUGCAAAAAUUUCUUGUGAAGUUUUGAACAAAAAUUAUGAAAACUAUACAAAGUUAGAGAUAUUGAACACCAACGAACCUUUUGGCAUGUCUGCAUUUACAAACAUGAAAAACUUAACAAGUAUUCUCAUUAUGGGAGGCCGAAUUGGAAUAAUAUAUACUGAAACUUUUAAAGAUAUACCACAUUUAGAAAGUGUAAUAAUACAUACUGUUAAAAUAGGAGAUAUUCAAGAAUCAGUGUUUUUCAAUUUACCUAAACUGAAAACAGUAGUAAUAACGAAUACGGAUAUUCCAUUUUUAAGAAAAGGCAUUUUCCGUAAUGUCCCACAACUUUACUUAAUCAAUAUUGAAAACGCUAACUUACGUUAUAUACAAAAUGAGCCUUUUUACGACGUGCCAUAUUUAAAAGAACUUUCUCUUUAUAACAACUUGUUAACUAUUCUGACAAAAGAUAUGCUGUAUAAUUUGGAAAAUUUGGUAUAUUUAGAUUUGUCUAACAACAGUAUAUCAAUAGUAGAAAAGAAUACUUUUGACGCAACUCCGCAUCUAUCGAAACUAAAUUUAGAAGAUAAUCAACUGAUAGCACUUGAUUUGGAUAUAUUUCCUACGACCGGAAUGAAAUCUUUGCAAACGAUUUAUUUAAAAAGAAAUCAAUUAAUGUAUCUACCGUCUACAUUUUUUACUAGAACACCCGCUUUACAGGAAAUUAGUCUGAGUCACAACCCAUGGUUUUGUCCUUGCUUGUUCGAAAUCCAUAGGAUUUUAAACCUAUACAACAUUACGGAAAUUUGGGUUAAGGAGAUCUGCAUAGAAUAUGGUCGAAAUUCUUGUAAGAAACCAAUGCCUUAUAGUCACAGAAGACUUCCCAUUUGCAUCAAUAGAAAUGUUUCAGACAUUAAUUGCACAAAUACAUAUAGUCAAAAUUUAAGUGAAAAGUAUUUAAAGUACACCAAAGAAUACGAUGAAUUUAUUGGGAACAACCUGGAAGUCUUCAACGUUACUUGAAUUAAUUUUUGGAAAAGUUAAUACCACAAAAAUAUGUGUACCUCUAAGCUUUAAUAUAUACACGGUGAUUUAUUUAUUCAAAGAUAUUCUAUUUUAAGAACAAUACAAAAACCAUAUAGUGCAGUAACUGAAGAAAAAUCGCUGAUGAGUUGCCACACGUAGCUCACUUUGUAGGUCAUCGUAGGUGUUUUUAAAUGAGAAAAUCCUUAACGCGUUCUUGGUACCGGAAGGGGCUGAAAAUGGACCCCAAAACUCUGAAAAACGGGUUUCCCGCUAAUAUCUGGCUAAAUAUGCCAAUUAAAGAAUUUUUGUGCAGAGAAAAAUGAAGAUCAGCUCAUUCUCUACAAAAAUGAUUCCUACAAAUUUUUUCGUAAUGUCAAUAUUUUAUGCAAAAUCAGACUUCGAAAAAUCCAUAAUUUUCAUAUUGAAUAGAUAUGGUAGUUUCUUGCCGAAUUUCCGCUCGAUGGAGUUGGAAAUGCAUUGAUCUUCAUCUUUUGGAUUUUAGAGAUCAAUUGCAGAUGGCGCCAGCAUCUUUGCUCCUCUCGUUAAAUUACGGAGUCCGUAAAUGAAAAUCUUGGAAAUAAUCGAUUAUUCGACAAUUACUGGCGGAUUUCACCUGAUAUUUUUCUGCAAAGUAGCGCUUGGGCUCUUUCAAUUGUAUUAGCGAAUGUUCUGUGCAAUUUGAGUUGCAAAUUUACCAGAAAAUUACAAAAAUGUAUUUUUCCUUGAAUCCCGUUGUUUUGGCUAAAAGCAAAUGACAACUUUUAGAGCGUGGUGAAUAUUCACCAUACAACCAUUUUAAACAAUUUUGGCAUUUUUACGAUUUUUUUGCAAACUUUUUUCGAAAUAAUAUGGGUGUAGGAUUUCGGAAAAAAUACGCAAGUAUUCCUGCAGGUAGAGCAGCAGCUGAAAUGAGGGGAAUUUUAAGUGCCAUUAUCUCGAAAACUAUUGAAUUUUCGAAGAAAAUGAUUGCAGCCAUUUUUGUAGAUAAUGAGCUGAUAUUCAUUUUUUGUCUAAACAAAAAUUCUCUAAUUGGCAUAUUCAGUCAAAUAUUAGCGGGAAACCCAUUUCCCAGGUUUUGGGGGCCAUUUUCAGCCUCUUCUGGUACCAAGAACGCGUUAAGGAUUUUCUCGUAUGAAAGCACCUGCGAUGACCUACAAAUUGCGCUGUGUGGGAACUCAUCAGCGAAUUUUCUACAGGUUUGACCCUUCAGUUACUGGACUAAUAAUUUCCCUAACUAUUUUUUCAGGAUAUAAUAAUUUUAAAACCUAAGAGUGUAAAUUUUAAAUCUGAUGAUAUGACCAGUUUUUGAGAUACAAUACGUAAAAUUGGACAAUUGCUGAUUUUAGUAUUUUUUUUUAAUUCACUUUAUGGAUCAUAUGUAGGUUUGAAAUAAGUUUUGGUUAGAUAUCCAUGUAACGGUUUAAAAUAUAUAAAGAUACAGAUUGAUUCACGAAAAAAUCACAAUAUAUUUUUACGAACACUCGAAUACAUUUAAUAGAAUAACAAUUGAUCGAUAACAAAAAUUAUUAAAAAGAAAAAUGAUCAAAAAGAACAAUGAUCGAAAAGAAAAUUGAUCGAAAAUAGAUUUGAUCGAAUAAGCAAUUGAUCAAAAAGCCAAAUAUACAUAAAAUUAAAAAAAUAAAAAACUCAACUAAUUUACCUAACCUUUGCGGCCUAGAGUCAUCGUUGGUUGCUUCGCAAAAACAAAUAUACAAAAAAUAAAAAAUAAUUAAAAAAAGACCAAACUUCACAUUUUUUAUAAUUUGUUUUACGAGGCAAUCCGCGUAAAACUUACCUACAUUAUUUACCUAACCUGUGCGAGAGCAAUCAGUUUAAAAAUAAAUUGCUCAUGGCCAAACAGGUUAGUUAACUAAGUAAAGUUUUUUAUUUUUCUUUCUUGUAUAUUUUUUGCGACGCAACCCUUGAGGGCUCCAGGCCGCACAGGUUAGGUAAAUAAGCUAAGAUUUUUUUCUCAUUUUUCUAUAUUUCUUUUGCGAGGCAAACCACGACGGUUCCAGGCCGCACCAGUUAGGUAAAUUAUUGAGGUUUUUUAUUUUUCUCUUUUUUGUAUAUUUUUUUACGAAGCAACCUUCAACGGCUCCAGGCCGCGCAGGUAAGGUAAAUUAGUUAAGAUUUUUUUAUUUUUCUGUAAUUUUUUUGCGAGACAAACAGCGACGGCUCCAGGCCGCACAGGUUAGGUAAAUUAAUUUAAUUUUGUACAGAAAAAAAAAACAUAAAAAUAGUUUACCCAAAAUGUCCCAUGGGGAGAUAACUCGACCUUAUUGAAAUAUAUAUUUUGUGCGAAAUAAUCACAAUUAUUUAAUCUCAAUGAAGAUAAAUAACCCUUUAGCUCUAAAAAUUUUAAUUUACCAAUAUUUUAAGGAUAAAAUUUGUUAAACGAGGUAACUAUCGUUCGAGUUUAUAGAAAAAUUUGCCAUUGGUACUUAAUUUGAUAGCAGCUGAGUUUAGUUACCCCGGUAGUAGGGACUAGACGGACGAUUGCAUGGUGUCAUUUGAGUUUUUUAUAUUUUACCAUUUUUAAUGUUGAUCUUCGAUGUAUUGUCCUUUUCAUCUAAUGAAUUUUAAAUCUAUUGUCCUUUCGAUCAAAUGUCAUUCGAUAAAAUGUAUUUUUGAUUAAAUUUCCAAAUUGAUCAAAUUUUCACAUCGAUCAAAUGUUUUUCGAUCAAUUUUGUGUCACCUAGUUAAAAACACCAUAAAAAUUAUUUUAUUGAGUUAAUAUCUAUCCAUUUACAAUUUUGAGGUUAAAACAUUUUGCUGUGUACUUUUUGUACAGGGUAAACCAUGCAGCCAUCCACUAAUAAUAAAUAUAUUUUAAAAUUAAUAAAACGAGACCAUGCAUUUUUUUAAUGACUUUUAAGUAUGUAGUCGUAAGAUUUUAAAAUAUACAGAGUAAUCUAGCUGUGACAAUUUUUAUAUAUAAGACAAUACAGUUGAUAAAUAUCCAUUUUCUGAAGUAGAUGUAACUGAAAUACUAGGUAACUUUUUUGUAGAGAUGGGUACUUUACAAUAUAUCUAUACAGCGUGACUACUUUUUAUAUUGAACGGUAUUGCUAUGUCAAAAACCGUAAAAGUUACAAAGUCGGUUAAAUGGGAAAAGAUUUGUACUGUUGCAUGACUAAUUUAGUGAUGUUUUAAAACCAAGAACAUCAGAUAUUUAAGGAAAACCAAAUUGACUAUUUUAGAUUUUCGAUUGUAUUGCCUUUAUUUUACAAAUUAAAAAAAAUGUAAUUAGAUAAUAUAUUUGUUAUUAAGCAGCGCUCAAUUUGCCGUAGACAGAUUUUUUAUACAACGUUUCGUUUCUGGAGGGCCAUCAAGUAUAUUUUUUUGAAUACGGGCCUGUAUUUUUUAUUCUAUUUUAAAAAGUACUUUUAAUUCUAAAUUAAACCAUGUAAUACACAUUAGUAGUUUGGGAAGUUUUGAUACUUUUUAUUAUUGCUAUUGUAAGUUCACUGUAAAUUUUAUUGUUUUAAUACAGACUUGUAUAUUUUAUUAUGUUGUUUUAUUAAGAUAACUACUAAAACAACACACCUAAAAUUAUUUUUAAAUUAACCUCCGUUUCGUUACAUUUGCUUCCUUUACUAGAAAUUUAAGAGCAAUCGUACCUGAGCCAUACCUGUAGUGUUAAAGAGGGC